UCUGUACGAGGACAUCGUAGUGAGUGUGAACGUCGAGCAAGUGUCUGCCCUAACCACCAAUCCAGGGCGGUUGGUGCUCACGAAUGCUAUGCUGUACUUCCAGCCGUUCAACAACAUACACGCUGAUCCCGUGCAGAAGUACAAGCUGGGCGAUCUGGUGAACUUGGUGAACAGGCGCUAUCUGCUCAAAGAAAAGGGUCUGGAAUUGUUCUUCAUGCUCAGCAAGAGUUUGUUCUUUUCAUUCGAGGCACAAAACGAUCGCGAUCGCUUCGUGGUGCUGCUCUCGCGACAGCCCAGCGUGACGCGCUUAGAACCGUCUAAUCGAGAGAACAUGAUCCAGAAGUGGCAGGAUGGCGAGAUCGACAACUUCACCUACCUCUUGUACCUCAAUUCCGUUGCGGACAGGUCGUUCAAUGACCUCACGCAAUACCCGGUAUUCCCAUGGGUGCUGAAGGACUACACUAGCAAACGCCUGGAUCUGCAGAAUCCUG